AUGGGGCGAUUGAGAAUCAAUGCAUAUGGUACAGCUCACUUUAAGCGGAGAAUUAGUCUCUCUCAUACAGAAUUGAAUGGUCAAUCACAAUUUCCUGAAAGUAGUUUGGGCAGAGGAGGUGGCAGCCGCAACCAAAGUCGUAGUCGUAGUGCUGGCAGAGAUAGAGCUGGUGCUAGUGGUAGUACCCAAAAGCUUACAAGAAGUUAUGCACGAUCUUAUAUAAAGGAAGUUAAGGACACGUUUCUAAAUCAAAUGGAGAAGUAUCGCAUGUUUAUUGAUGUUAUGACAGACAUUAAGAAUCAAAGAAUUGAUGUUGGUGGUGUCAUAGCAAGAGUAAAAGACUUGUUUAAAGGGUAUCCUAGUUUGAUCCUUGGAUUCAACACUUUCUUGCCCAAUGGCUAUGAAAUAACCUUCAAUGAUGAUGAAGAGGCUUCUCCCACGAAAUCAGUUGAAUUUGAACAAGCAGUUAGUUUAGUGAAUAAAAUAAAGAAACGUUUCAGAAAUGCUGACUAUGUAUACAAGUCUUUCAUAAACAUUCUGGGCACAUUUAGGAAGGAGAACAAGGACAUCAAAGAGGUGUACGAUGAGAUUGCUGUACUUCUCAAUGGUCAUCCAGAUUUGCUAGAUGAGUUGAAUAAAUUCUUUCCAGAUCCAGUUACUGUCAAUCCGUUUCAUCUAAAGCGCUCCCCUCUAGGUAGCAUUAUUGGUCCUCAUGCAGAAAUAGACUGUAACAUGCGGCAUCACACCGAUGAAAAGAAAUCUAUUCAGAUUGUUAAAGAAUUUGGAGGUCCUCAUGAAGAUGAGAGUAAGGAAGAACGGAAAGAGAAGAAGUGUAAAACUGAAGUUCCUCAUAAAGAAGCUAUCAGCUUUCUGAAAAAAAUAAAGGAACGUUUUCAAAACGAUGAUCAUUCUUACAAAUCCUUCACAAACAUCAUAAAGACGUACAAGGAGCCUAGGAGCAUCUAUGAAGUCUACCAUGAGGUUGCCAAACUUCUCAAUGACCAUCCAGAUUUGCUUGCUGAGUUCACUAAAUUCUUGCAAGAUCCUUAGGCUAUUUCGAUGCUUAGGCAAUAUUCUGAUCAGUGAACCAUCCUCUCUAUUUCCUUAUAAUGCUAUUGCCAUGACUAAAGCUUGCUAAUUAUGAGUUGUACUUGAUAUUCUCAAAGGACUCUUAGGGAGAUUGAUUGGUUGCUUUGGAAUUCCUUGUCCCAUAUUUUAUGAUAGAGAUUUGGUAUUAUUAGCACCAGUUAUUGUUAAA